UGAGCCUGCGCGGCCACGUGACGGCCGCUAUAAGAGCGGCGGGCUGCGGACUCCCGCCCUCCCUGCUGGCCGCGGUCACCCACCGGCGCCCGGCUCCUGCGACAACCCGGCCACACUAUGACAGAUCAGGCUUUUGUGACGCUGACCACAAACGAUGCGUAUGCCAAAGGUGCGCUGGUCCUGGGCUCAUCUUUGAAACAGCACAGGACAACCAGGAGGAUGGUCGUACUCACCAGCCCACAGGUUUCAGACGCCAUGAGAAAAGUUUUAGAGACUGUCUUUGAUGAAGUCAUCAUGGUAGAUGUCUUGGACAGUGGUGAUUCUGCUCAUCUAACCUUAAUGAAGAGACCUGAGUUGGGCGUCACAUUGACUAAACUCCACUGCUGGUCACUUACUCAGUAUUCCAAAUGUGUGUUCAUGGAUGCAGAUACUCUGGUCCUCUCAAAUAUUGAUGAUCUGUUUGAAAGAGAAGAAUUGUCAGCAGCACCAGACCCAGGGUGGCCUGACUGUUUCAAUUCUGGAGUCUUUGUCUAUCAACCCUCAAUUGAAACGUAUAACCAGCUGUUGCAUCUUGCUUCUGAGCAAGGUAGUUUUGAUGGUGGGGACCAGGGCCUAUUGAAUACAUAUUUUAGUGGCUGGGCAACGACAGAUAUCACAAAACACCUGCCAUUUGUGUAUAACCUAAGCAGCAUUUCAAUAUACUCCUACCUCCCGGCAUUUAAAGCGUUUGGUAAAAAUGCCAAAGUUGUGCACUUCCUGGGACGAACCAAGCCAUGGAGUUACACUUACAAUCCCCAAACAAAAAGUGUCAAGUGUGAGUCCCAGGACCCAAGCGUGAGUCACCCAGAGUUUCUGAACCUGUGGUGGGACACCUUCACCACCCACGUCCUACCCCUGCUCCAACACCAUGGCCUUGCCACAGAUGCCAGCUCCUAUCUGAUGAUGGAACAUGUCUCAGGAGCCUUGUCAGACCUGUCCUUUGGGGAUGCCCCAGCUGCACCACAACCUUCUAUGUCCUCAGAAGAAAGGAAGGAACGGUGGGAACAGGGCCAGGCUGAUUACAUGGGAGCAGAUUCUUUUGAUAACAUCAAGAGAAAACUUGACACUUACCUACAAUAGAAGCACUGCCAUUUUCCUGUGGACACAUCCAUGUCUUAGGCACGUUUCGAUACAUAGUAUGUGAAGUCUGUUACAGUUGUUAGAGGCUUUCACUAAACCUCAUCAGGUGGGGUUUGGGCAGGACAACAGGUGAGAACUGGGCGAAUGUUAUUAAGUAGUAAUUCUAUUAUGUGGACAAGUGUUCUGUUUAACCCUAGACUUUUUAAAAAACUCUAAAUUCUUACGUUGCCAAUGUGUGAUAAAGGAAAGCCAACGUUAAGCUACUAAGAUGACUCUCAAGUGGUGCAGAACUUGACUCUCCAUCCUCAAACCAAGAUAUGACAUUUUCCAAUAUUCGCUUGUUGCAUCCUUCACAAGACCUGCAAUGUAGGCCUGCUCAAAGCCUGUCAGAGAAGUAGCCUUCCAGACUAAAGUGGCCUUUAUUAACACUGCGGAGUGACUCGUAAGCCCACCAGCUAGUGUCAGCUCACCAGUUCUCUAUGCACAUGAAGGCAGCAUGCAGACGCACUCUCUCACUUGUGUACUUGAAAAUUGCAGUGUGCUCUCUGAUGGUAGCUGUGGUAGCACUGUGUAUAACAAAUAAAGACUUAUUGACAUA